AUGCUUAGAAAAUGGACUUUUAAGGAAUGGAACGAUGACCGGCUUACAUGGAACCCUUCCGAUUUUGAUGGCAUUGAAGGAAUCUUUAUCAACCAAAACUUGUUGUGGAAAGCAGAUAUCGUGAUAGUUAAUAGCCGCGCUUCAACUGAGAUGGCUUCUGGUGCUCAGCAUGCUUACGUGCAAAGUAAUGGCGACAUUACCUUGUUUGUAUGCAAUACUGUUUCUUACUUGUGUCUGAUGAAUGUCAAGGACUUCCCUUUCGAUAAGCAGGUGUGCUCAGUUGAAUUUGCAUCCUUUGCUUUUCUCGGUCACGAAAUUCAACUCAACUGCAGCAUAGCUGGAGACCAUAUUGACUACUUCGUAAGCGAUCUUAGAUCAUAUCACAUUUUAGGAGCUUUUAUCUCAAUAGUACUCGGAGGACUAGUUUGUAUCAAAUAA